GUUUCCCUCAACCAUCAAAAAUGAAGUGACUUCAGUCUCUGCACAGAGCACACUGUCAAGAGGAGCUAAAAGCCUUACAAUAACUUCUCCUUAUUCACAGGUUUCCUUUCCUUGUAUUGCCCUUUCCCAUUUGUGGGAGAAGAGCCAUGAAGAACCGUUCCUCAUCUCCCCCUUUGCACGUCCACGUGGAUGAAAACACCCCUGUCCAUGUCCAUAUUAAAAAGGGUCAGAAAACCACACCUGCAAAAUGCCAGCAAAAGCAAAAACAGAAAAUGAAAGGGAAUACCGUGAAUGCACGCCGAACUGUCCAGGUGAAAACUAAAGCCCCCUGGAUGCCCCCGGGCAAAACAUCUGUCCUGGAGUCCACCUACAAAUGGGAGGGACCAACUCACCGCCUGGAAAUUACACCUCCAGAUUCAGAAAAAAUGCUGUCAGUAUUGCGUCUGAGUGAUCUCUCUACAGACGAGGAGGAUGCUGUUUGCUGCAAAAUGAACGAAUAUGAAAAGAAGAUAGAUAGCCUGAUGAACACAGUGGGAACACUGAAGAAUGAGGCCAAGAUGCAUAAAAAGGAGCACCAGCAGCAAAUGACAAAGCGUCUCCUUGAGGAGCAGAAAGAAGAAUUGAAUGAGGUCACACAAGAGCUGGUAGAAACAGAGCAUGAGAAUACACUGCUCAGGCGCAAUAUUGAGCGCAUAAUGGAAGAGAAAGAUCUGACUGUGCUACAGAAGAAAUACUUGCAGCAUGAGAAAGAGUGCCUGAUGUCCAAGCUGAGUGAGGUUGAGAGGGAUGGAGCAGCAGCAGCCAGACAGAUCCAUGCCCUGAAAAAUACAAUUGGGAGACUCAACAUUGAGAAACACAUGAGCAGCUCAGACAUUAACACACUGACAAGACAAAAAGAGCUGCUGCUACAGAAAUUGAGUACCUUUGAAGAGACCAACCGGACACUCCGAGAGCUUCUCAGAGAGCAGCAUAACCGGGAGAAGGAUGCUCAGAAGAUGUUGGAGCAGCAAGGUGUACUGUUGAAAAGGCUUGCUGACUCAGAUGCAGAGAAAGUGCAACUUCAGAUGAGGCUUCAGGAGAAAGAACAAGAGGUGGACGAUCUUAUCAUUCAAAUACAGGCAGGGAAGGACCAGGCAAAGACAGCAAGUGAACUCUCAAAAUCUAUGGAGGCUGUGAGAGGCCAUUUACAAGCACAGCUACGAAAUAAAGAAGCUGAGAACAACCGUCUGACUGUACAGAUCCGGAAUCUGGAGCGCAAUGAAGCUCAACAUAAGGCAGAGGUGGAACUUAUCAAGGAACAACUGAAAGAACUAAGGCAGAAGACAGAUCAUGAUAAAGAGGCCCUGAAGAAAGCCCUCCGUGCACAGAAGGAGCGGGCAGAGCGGAGUGAGGAGUAUGCAGAGCAGUUGACGGUCCAGCUAGCAGAAAAGGACAGUUAUGUUGGUGAGGCGCUGUCUACUCUGGAGUCCUGGAGGAGUCGCUACAACAAAGUAGUGAAGGACAAGAGUGACCUUGAACUGGAAAUCGUUACGCUGAACAGCCGUAUGGCAGACUUGCUGGAACAGCAGACAACCCUGGAGGAUAGGAUGCGGGAGGACAGAGACGCCUUGGUGGAUAAAUUGCAUCAACAGACUACAGAGACCACUUCUUUCAAAAUGGAGAAUGAAAGGCUAAAGGCUAGUGUGGUCCCAAUGGAGGAAAAGCUGAACCAAGCACACAUGGAAGUACAGCAGCUCAAGAACUCUGUUAGGAACUAUGAAGGGUUGAUUGAAACCUACAAAUCACAGGUGUUGAAAACCCGAAUGGAAGCAGAUGAAGUGACAGCAAAACUGGAGAAGUGUGAUAAAGAGAACAAGACACUAAAGGAUGAAAUGAACAAGGAGAUUGAACUGGCUCGUAAGCAGUUCCAGAGCCAGCUUGCUGAACUGGAAAAGCUGCCUGAGAUCCUAAGGAUCACAGAGACGCAGCUGGCAAAAUGUCAGGACCAGCUUCAGAGUUAUGAGAAGAAGAAUGUGGACCUGUCUCUCAUCAUCGCAGAUCUGCGUCAGCGGAUUGAGCUCCAGGGGGACAAAAUGGAGGUUACAAGAGAGAGGUAUCAGUCUGCCCAAGAGGAGAAAAAGCAGCUCACCUUGAAGGUGGAGGAGCUAGAAAGAAAACUAGAGACAACGAGCGCCCAGAACAUAGAAUUCCUUCAGGUCAUAGCAAAACGUGAGGAGUCGAUCCACCAGUGUCAGCUGCGGUUAGAGGAGAAGACCCGUGAGUGUAGCUCCUUGGCUCGUCAGCUGGAAAUGGCCAUUGAGGAUGCCAAAAGACAAGUUGAACAAACUCGAGAACGAGCAACAUCUAGAGAGAGGGCAGCCCAGUCCAAGAUGUUGGAUUUGGAGACCCAGCUGAGUAGGACUAAAACAGAGCUGAACCAGUUGCGUCGGAACAAAGAUGACGCAGAGCGACGGUAUGAAAGCCGCCUACAGGAUUUAAAGGAUCGGUUAGAGCAGUCGGAGAGCACUAAUCGCAGCAUGCAAAACUACGUCCAGUUCCUCAAGUCUUCCUAUGCCAAUGUUUUUGGAGAAAGUGCCUUGCUGGGCUCCCCUGGCCGCUCUCGUUCAUCUCCAUGAGGACAAUGCUCUCCCUGUGUCUCUGCAUUUAAGCACAAAAUGAGCCCUACUUCAAAGCCAUAUGUUAUUUAGAAAAGUGGUUGGCAUUUCAGGGUCACAUAAGGGAGAAGUUUUUCUCUUUUCCUUACAGCACAAGAUGAUACAAGGAUGGUGGCAUAUGACUUAAGCGUGUAGAAUAUCAGCAAUGCUGGUUUGGUGUUGGAAGCUGGCAUUGCACUGUAAGCUGUGCCCCAAAACCAGAUGGUUCUGCAUAUGAUGGAAAAGGAUUUCAUCCUAUAUGGUCCUGAUGGUUUCAGCUCUUAAAACCUGUCAUUGGUUUUAGUUGUGCAUUAAUGUUUGCAAGAGUUCUUUUUUUCUUUUCGUGUUUUUUUUUUUCAUUCUGCUUCUGUAUUGGGAAGAUCAUAUGAUAUGUUUCUGCUUUUCUUUUUUUUAUUUUUUUAAGCUAUUUCACAUUAUAUCAAUACAGCGGGUGAUAGGAUGGUGGGAGAUAAGUCCACCCACUUCUCACAGAAGUGUGAAGCUGAAAAUAUCUUAAGUGCCUGGGCUUAACACUUACAAAAGAUUAUCUCCUGAACCACCAUGGUGUUUGUGAACAGUUUUAUACCAGAAAUAAUGAUUUUAUUAUUUUUUUUACUUGACUCUUGUGUACUCUGUGAUCCUCACUUUUUUUUUUUAUUUUAGUGUGUUGCUAAUUUUUGCUUUACUCUUCUCACACUGGUUUCCUGAUCCCGAAUGUCCCCAGGACUGAGUGAAAACCUUCUGUAUUCAGACUGCAGUUUAACCUCAGUGGCACUUCAGUUGCUGUCUCAGUGUGAAUGCUGGAUGAGUUCAGGUUGUGCAUGAAAUACUGAUUUAGGUCUUAAGCCAAUUAAAGAGCAACUGCUGACGCUCAACAUCUUCAUCAAACUGGCCUGCACUUUCUCCUCAAAAAUCAGGUCGGUUGAUAAUGUGUUGAGUCUCGAAAACUUGUUGACUCUUGUGCCCUGUUCUUUCCAAUAAAUGGUUCUUAUGGGGACAAAAAUAAGCAUUUUUUUAAAUCUCUUUUGUAUCCUAUUUAUGUGUGAUGUCAUUGCGCAGUAUUUGUCAUAAAGCUUUUAUAAGUAAAUCAUUAAUUGACAGUUCUGUAAUUUUGUGUCAUACUUAAAAAUCCUAAAAGGUGCUAUGGUGAAAAAACAAAAACAAUAAACUGUGUUUUAAUUGA